CGCUUCCGAUGUGAAAGGUCGAAGGGCGGCGGCGGCGGCAGCGCUGUGGGUUCGAGAAGCUUCUGCGUUUCUCGGCGAGAGACGGCGGCGAGGAGCGUUAACAUCAAAGAUUAUAGAGCAGAGAAUCUUUGGUUAACAUGUCAGAAACUGGCUGGAGUUGUGGACGAGGCGCCUAGCGGCGGCGCAGCUGCGGGGCAACAUGUUCGGAUGCCUGGUUGCGGGGCGAUUGGUACAGACAGAUGCACAACAAGUUGCAGAUGGAAAAUUUGUAUUUAAUCUUCCUGAUUAUAAGAGUGUCAAUCACGUGGUGGUCUUUAUGCUGGGGACAACACCAUUUCCCGUAGGAGCAGGUGGAUCUGUGUAUUUCUCUUACCCAGACAAGAGUGGAAUGCCUGUAUGGCAAUUAUUGGGAUUCAUAACGAAUGAAAAACCCAGUGCAAUCUUCAAAAUAUCACGUUUAAAGACGGAAGAAGGUAGCCAGCAUCCUUUUGGGAUGGUGAAUAUUGCACAGACUGAAUCAGUUGCCCAAAUUGGAAUAUCUGUGGAGCCCAUGGAACUAUUGACGCAGCAGACUCCAGAAGCAAGUGCAGCUGUUUCAACUGUUGAUUCAUUUACACAGUUUACACAGAAGAUGCUAGACAAUUUCUAUAAUUUUGCAACCUCAUUUGCAUUGACCCAGGAUCGGAUGACUCCAAAUCCUACUGAGAUGUUUAUUCCUGCAAGUAUUGUCUUGAAAUGGUAUGAGAAUUUUCAAAGAAGACUGUCCCAAAAUCCAUAUUUUUGGAAAUCAUAAUCCAUAUGCUGUGGAAGUUAAUUGUAACAACCAACGCUGUUCAUCUGUUUAAAUUGAUCUUUACAAAUUAUUUUUAAGAUGUCAGUCUGAAUACAAACUUUCGUAAUAAUCAAGCUGGUUUGAAAAUUAUUUUGGAAGACCUGUCAUGGUUGUGUUUCAAUGGAUAGUAAGAAACAUUUUAAUCAUGUUUGAACUGUCAUUUAUUUCAUGAAUUGGAAUUCAUUGAAACUGUUUAAAAGCUGUAUUGCAUUGUAAAACUUUCAUUAUAUUAUUAACAUGAGUAUGUUGUCAGUCAUCCAGAAAAAAUGUCCGAUGGAUACAAAUACAAUUCUUUAAGAAGAUAUGCAAUUAAUUUCUUGUAAUAUCUUAAAAACCCAAUUUUUCAAUCCCUCCCCCCCCCCCCCCCCCCCUUUAUACAACUUAAGGGUGGCUGUGUUUUAAAGAAACAAUUCUUUAUUAGUUUAAAUGUUAUGCGCAGUAUUCUUAUUUCUCAGUUCCAGUCAGUUAUAUGUUACCUUUACAUGAGUCCUUACUUUUCUUUCCCUGUAUUUCUAAUAUCUAAUAUGGUAAUAUGGGGAGGGAGGGGGAUGAGGGGACUGAAAAUUUUGAUUGCAACAUUUUGAAGUGCUUAAAUUGCAGUAAUAUUUACAUGCUAGCAUGCAUCAUGGCCAAAACUCUGCUCAAUUUUCAAAUCAAUUGAAGCUCAAUUGUUUUGAAAUAUUGCUGGUGGGAGCCCCUUUGCCUUGUGUGGAAUUUUGGUUGCAAAUUAAUGCAUAAUAAUGCAUGCCUUUCGAAGUUUUGUGUUGAACUUGACUGAACAUAUUCCUGUAGUAUCACCAAGGUAUUAUGCUAUGCUUUAUAUAGAUAGACCAAUACAAAUCUAUCUGUCUCUAUAGGUAUACAAUGCAGAUGCUGAAACCUUGAGCAAAACCCAAAGUGCUGGAGGAACUCAGUGGGUCAGGCAGCAUCUGUGAAGGGAAGAGACAGAUGACGUUUGAGGUUAGGAAAGGUCCUGAGCAUAAACAUCAUCUGCUAAUUCCCUCCACAAAUGCUGCCUACGCACUCGGUUCCUCCUGAACUUUGUUUUGCUUUCUGUCCCUGUACCUGUACACGGAUCCUCUUCAAAGCAAAGUCCUUGCAGGAAAUACUGAAGAACAUGUUGAAACCUAUGGAUAGUGAAGGGGUGGAGUGAAGGAGGAAAGGCAGAAAUGUGAGGGGAAAGCUAACUGAAGAAUAAACGUUGUAGAAAUUGUAAAGAUAUGCAGCAAAAGAAACACAUCAGUAGUGCAAUGCAGCCCACAUCGAUCAACACUGAAAGUGAAUAAUACAGUGUUUGUAAAUUGAUAAAUGGUACAUUGAAUAUUGUAUUGACUAAUUAUUGCCCUAAACAUAGAAAUAUUGCUGCCUGUAGUCAUUCUUAAGAAGUUGAAAGGCUUCCAAAACUGUUGGCUUUUGUGUAUUCUUCAAGUACAAGUUGACAACUGAAUGAAGAAUUGGAGCUGCAUGAAUCUAAAAUUAUUCCAAAUUGUACUGGGAUGUACAAUAACUAUUUGAGUGUUUACUGAAUUAAAAGUUCCGCUGAAAAGACUAGUUAAAGACAAUAAUUUUCUCCAUUUAUCAGUUCCCCUUUUAAUAUUUUGGAACCUCAAUUCAAAAAUGAAACCACCUUUAUACUUGGGAACUACCACUUAAUGUUUACACAAUCUUUGUACUUUAACUUCUAGUUUUCAGGUGUGUGUGCAUCAUACUAGCAAGUAAUAUUUUCCUCAUGGAGCAAAAGCCUAAUAAAUUAUGAAAGGAAAAAUGAAGAAAUUUACUCAAGUUCAGCCAAUGUGGCCUUCACAUGAUCACAUUCCUUUCUUUUACAUCUUUAUAUCCACGCCCAAGGUUAGGCUGCCAACCAACAACUGGUAUAAGCUAUCUGAGCCUUGCACCUGCUUCCUGAACGUAGUUUUUAAUUGAAUCUUUUUAGAUAAAGCUGCAUUUUAGACCAGUACUAAUUUCUUCUCAUUUUAGUCACAAUCAUGCCAUCGCCAUUUCCUGCAGCUGUGGCCUUGUCCUUUCUCCUCGCAAUUCGGAAUGGUAAUAAGAUUCCUUUUGUAUUCGCCAACACACAAGCUUUUUAGACAUAAUGUAUAACCGUGUAUCUCCUCUGUCAGAACCUCCUGUAAUGCUGAGGCAAAUCAUAUAUUUCUCCCUCCCUCAACUUUCUCUGAAUGAGCUUCCUAUUGAAGUAUAAUGGGAAUGGAUGCUUAGGACUGAGAUAUGGAGGAAGGUCUUAAUUGAAUUGGGAUUGCAUUUAAAUUCUCUACUCCUCUGCUCAGUUCGGUAUAUUUGAGACAAGCCAAUGUAAUUUAUGUGCCAAGGAAUAUGGAAAAGUGUGGGAAGGUGUGGAAUUGAGUGGCUUAUUGAAUAUUGGAGAAAGUUGAAUGACAUGCUGUCAUGUUUAUUUGGCAAGUUUGGAUGAGUCUCUGCUGACUUCCAAUCAAUUGCAGACCUUGCUUUUUCUCUCCUUUGUUUGCUGGGAGAUUGCCAUCUGCUGGAAAAUGUUUCAGCUGUCAUCUCAUCGACUCCAAACAAAUAUUUCUGAAGUUUUGUCGCCUGCCCUCCAGACAAAUAUAUUAAAAUAUAUAUUUUAUUAUAACUACAAACAUACAGUCCAAUGAAAUGCCUAAUGAUAGAGUGUUUAAAAUAUGAGGAUUUUACCCCGGAUCCAAUGUACAUGGUAGAAUACAUUAUCAUACUUUCAUGUGUCAGUAGAAAUUCAAAGAGUUGUAGAUUGUUUGGGGGCAUACUUUGUUUAAAAGGGAAUAGAUAGUCUCUGAUUUUAUAUCAUUUGCCAGGAUGAAAAUCUACUUCUGUCACAAGAUUUGGUGAAAUUUCUUAUUUGAAUUAACCAAUUUGUUAUGAACUGUGGGCAGUUCAGUGAAACAGAAUGUGGAAUGUAACACUUAAUAAAGUUUUAUUCCAUUUAAA